ACACGAUAAAGCUAUCGAUAUAUUGUUGUUUGUAUAUUUUGAAGGAAGUGAUACGAGGUUUAAGACAUAAUUCUGAUAGGUUAGCAGUAUAUACUUUUUUACAGCUCUUUUUUUCCCACUCAAGAGUGAGAAGCAUUUGAAAUUGACAAUUUAAAAAGUGCCCUGAGAUAUUGUUGUGUAAACAUCAUGGCUCACUACAAAGGAGCAGCGAGUGAAGCUGGCAGAGCAAUGCAGCUUAUGAAGAAAAGAGAAAAAGCUCAACAAGAAAUUGAAUUUCGGAAAAAGAAGAUUGAGGAAGAUUUGAAAAUAUCCAAUAUUGAAAAUAAAUUUGCUGCUCAUUAUGAUGCUGUUGAGCAGCAGCUUAAGAGUUCCACAAUUGGUUUGGUUACACUAAAUGAGAUGAAGGCUAAGCAAGAAAACAUUGUCAAAGAGCGAGAACGAAAACUGGCACAGAAACAACUAGAAAAAGAACAAGAGAAACAAAGACAACUGGAAGCUAAACAAGCAGAAAAAAAUAGACAGAAGCAACAGAUUCAGUCCUUGUCCUUCAGUCUUGAGGAAGAAGAGGAAAAUGAUGAUGAUGAUUUAGGCCACACCAGUGACUCAGCCGAAGAGAAGUUUGAGCCUCCUGUGAAAAAGAAAAUCAGAAAAAAUCCUGAUGUUGAUACAAGUUUUUUGCCAGACCGUGAAAGAGAAGACGAAGAGAACAGAUUACGAGAAGAGCUCAGGCAGGAAUGGGCAGCCAAACAAUCAUCUCUGAAGGAGGAAGAAAUAGAAAUAACAUUCAGUUACUGGGAUGGCUCAGGUCAUAGGAGAACAGUACGGAUGAAGAAAGGAAAUUCUAUAUACCAGUUUCUACAGAGAUGCUUGGAGUUGCUUCGAAAGGAAUUCAGUGAGUUAAAGACGGUUACUGCUGAUCAACUGAUGUAUGUGAAAGAGGAUCUGAUUUUACCUCAUCACUACACAUUUUAUGAUUUCAUUGUUACAAAGGCACGUGGUAAAAGUGGCCCUUUGUUUACAUUUGACGUGCAUGAUGAUGUCAGACUAGUGAAUGAUGCAAGUGUCGAGAAGGAAGAAUCACAUGCAGGCAAGGUUUUGUUAAGGAGCUGGUACGAAAGAAACAAACACAUUUUUCCAGCUAGCCGCUGGGAACCAUAUGAUCCAACAAAAAGUUACGACAAAUACACAGUCUCGGAUAGAAAUACAAAGAAAUGAAAAGCAUUGUUUUUAAAAUGUAGACAAGACAAUCAAAAGUUAAAUGUAUUGUACAUUUAAGAAAUGAUUGGUUAGACUUUCUGUAUGGUAAAUUUUUCAAGAGACCAUUGCUUUAUUUAUGUAAAAUACGUGUAAGAUAAAAACUGUGUACAAUACAUUUAGUGUAACUAACAAUUGCAGUAUAUCAUGUACUGUUCUCUCUCUUAUUGACUCACUAUCAAGGAUUAUAUGAUGUGUUGAUUAAAAUAAUGCUGAAUAGUGCUAAACUCUCAUCUUUAACUGCCAGGGAUGAUAGCAUAUUCUGUACUUACCAUCAGGUAUCCCACACAAGGAUACGGGAUAGUUCUAGAGGAGUCAUAGUUUGUUACAGUCUUUCUCCAUCCUCCUCUUUCCUAAAAUUUUAACUUCUUGUCAUCUAUACUUUAGAUGUGCCACAUAUGCCUACAAUUAUAAUAAUACUAACAGUGUGUGUGGGGGAGGGGGGGGGGGAUUAUUAUUCUAUUAUUAUUUCUCUCCUUCCAAGAAAUCAGAUUUCACUGCAUUUGGAAAUCAUUCAUCCAAUACAUAUCUGCACUCUAUGGGUAUGUGAAAUGGGGGUGAACAUGACUUACAAGAAGAGGCCACGAGGUCGGGAUCAUAAAUUUACUUCAGACGUUAGUAGGAAUCUUAACAGACAUAGGUUUUUCCUCCUCUUAAAUGAAACCCCAAACGUUUAAUAAACGCUCUAUUGAGAUUCAAGUUUACAAUUUUUACUUCACACAAAAGACGGAGCAUCUUCAUUAAACAUCCUGCCAUGGUGGCAUCCGAAACGAGACCUAUUUCAUUAAAGAAAACUGUUAACAGAUGUACAUUAAAUAAAACUGAAACUACUGAGAUAACAUUGAUGCUAUACCACAAAGCAGUGUAAUCUUGUCAGGUUUAUCUUCCUAUAAAUCAUGACAAAGAGAGAGGAGCAAUUAAAAACUUACAGUACUUCAGGUAUCCCAGUUUAGGUACACUACAUAGGUGAGCAUGUAAAUGAGGGGAAUGCUGUUUCUGUCAGUCAUUUCUGCCCCUAUUGGGGAAAGUGAAGCUUUCUGUAAGGUUUUCACGAAUGGAGGCCACUCCCCUUCCUGUCUUACCUGUCUACCUGUGGACUUUUGAGCCACGUCAGAUUUGUCAUCAGCAGUAGGUACAGUCAGCCGGUGAACGAGCACCUUUACCUGGCCGGAAUGUUCUCCAUAAGUAGUCAGGACACAAGUCCAUCUAUAUGACCAAGAAACUGAUAAAUUUUGUAUAGUUCCUUGCCAUUUUUCAGAUUUACUUUCCAUAUUACUUCAUUCUCCAAAAGUUAGCUAAACGUUAGGAAGGUGAUACCUGGCAAACUACAAACACUUUUUUUUUUGGGGGGGGGGGGGGGGGGGGGGUCAUGAAUUCAUAACUAUCUCCUUUGGAUCGGUAUCUUGAGGUGUUACAUCAAAUCAGUAUCAUGUUAUGAAUAACUUACCCCUCUUACUCCUAAACCCUCCAUUAUUCUGUGUAGCUGAUGUCAUGUAUGCAGAUCACCAGUGGUGCCACCCACAGUCUGAAAAUGGACUAAAAAUACUGAAACUAGUCACCAGUAAUGAAAUAAAACAUCAUUUGGAUCAUGA